AUGCCCAGUCUAGUUAGUUCUGAUAACGUUUCUGAAAUAGAUCAAAACAUAAAGUUUCAAUUCAAUUUAACUAAUGAAAUGGUCUUUCUGAACCUCAAUAGUGACAUCUCAAUUCCUAUUGAAUCCAACUCAGAUCCUGUCUACUGUCCACCAGACCAACCAAUUCCACGACAUAUUCCUGGAAUUCCAGAAAAACUAUUAGUAAAACACAGACUAGCAGGGAAUAUGAUACCUCGACCUUUAAUAAAUAAUUUUAUGGUUGAUCCCCCAAUCAGUGAAACAGAAAGAAUUUGUCGCCAGUUGUUACCUAAAGAAGAGAAGGUUGAGACUACGAGAGUUGAAGAACUGAUACCAGAAUCAGAACGAAAGAAACAGGAUAAUGGAUCGGGAGAAGACAUACAACGAAAGAAACAGGAUAAUGGAUCGGGAGAAGACAUACCAAGGGUUUUCCACAAACCCAGCAAAUUAAUCAACUAG